CAGAACUAAACAGGGGAAAAGCGAAGACCGAAAGAGAAAGAAAGAAAAGCACUCCCGCGAUAAAAUGCCUUCAACAUUACACAACCAAAUCAUGAUCAAGCAAUUUAAUCAUUAUUUAAUAAAAAUUUAUCAUAUAAUCAUCCACCAAAUCAACCAAGUACUACUACCGAAUCCCAAAUUCCAUUCCCUUCAUAAUCCCAUGCCACGAGAAAGCCAUUGAAAGUCAAAUAUGGCUUCUUCUUCUUCCCCAGCAGCAGCAGCACCCUUUUCUUCUCUUUAAAACCCAGCUAAAAAAACCCUGUAGAAAUCUCCGAUCUUGAAUCGCCCUGAUGGGUUCUUCGGUCCACAGCAUAAAGUUCGUUACUUUACUCACUCUGGUGCUCAUCGCCACCUUCUUCUCCCCUAGUCUAAUAGUUUCCCAAGUCGUGGAAGAUGACGUCAGGUGCCUGGAAGGUCUAAAGAGUUCGCUGCAAGACCCAGAAGCGAAAUUGAGCUCCUGGAACUUCAGCAACAGGACGGGGAACUACAUAUGCAAGUUCGUCGGGGUUUCCUGCUGGAACGAUCGGGAGAGCAGGAUCAUAAACCUAGAAUUGAGGGACAUGAGUCUCGCCGGUCCAGUCCCGGAUUCGUUGGCCUACUGUGGCAGCAUCACGGUGCUGGAUCUCUCUAACAACGCUCUCUCUGGUACGAUUCCUCCCCAGAUAUGCAAUUGGUUGCCCUAUCUUGUGACGCUCGAUUUGUCGAACAAUGAUCUCACUGGUUCAAUCCCGCCCGACCUUUCGCGGUGUAGUUACUUGAACAGCUUGAUUCUGUCGAAUAAUAAGCUCUCUGGUUCAAUCCCUUAUGGGUUCAAUAGUUUGUCUAGGUUGAAGAAGUUCUCUGUGCAGAACAAUGGGCUCACUGGUAGGGUUCCUGAUUUCUUCAGUGGGUUUGAUUCUGCUGAUUUUGAGGGGAAUGAUGGGCUCUGUGGGAAGCCGUUAGGGAAGUGUGGUGGAUUGAGCAAGAAGAGUCUUGCUAUUAUAAUUGCUGCUGGUGUGUUUGGUGCUGCUGCUUCAUUGCUCUUGGCAUUUGGGGUAUGGUGGUGGUUCCAUUUGAGGUAUGGGAGGAAGAAGGGAUUAGGUUAUGGAGCUGGAAGAGGUGAUGUUGCUGCUGAUGAUUUAGAUAGUUGGGCUGAGAAGUUGAGAGCUUACAAGCUAGUUCAAGUCUCCUUGUUCCAGAAGCCUCUUGUGAAACUCAAGCUAGCUGAUCUAAUGGCUGCAACCAACAAUUUCAAUCCUGAGAACAUCGUGAUCUCGACUCGAACUGGGACUACUUAUAAGGCUGUUCUUCCAGAUGGAUCUUCCCUUGCCGUGAAACGUCUGACCACCACUAAGCUUGGGGAGAAGCAGUUCAGGAAUGAGAUGAAUCUGUUAGGUCAAGUUAGGCACCCAAAUUUGGCUCCACUUCUGGGCUUUUGUAUAGUGGAGGAUGAGAAGCUGUUGGUCUAUAAGUACAUGUCGAAUGGAACAUUGUAUAAUCUACUGCAUUGUAGUCCUGGGCCUGGUUUGGACUGGCCAACCCGGUUCAGGAUCGGGUUGGGUGCCGCUCGGGGUCUGGCCUGGCUUCACCAUGGCUGCAAGCCACCGCUCUUGCACCAGAACAUGUGCUCGAACGUAAUCAUGGUUGAUGAGGAUUUCGAUGCUAGGAUAAUGGACUGUGGACUUGCCAAGCUCAUGAUGACGUCAGACUCCAAUGUCGACGAGAGCAGUUAUGUGAAUGGGGAUCUGGGUGAGGUUGGAUAUGUUGCACCAGAGUAUGCAAACACGAUGGUUGCAUCGCUGAAAGGGGAUGUGUAUGGGUUUGGAGUUGUGAUUAUGGAGCUGGUGACGGGGCAGAAGGCUAUCGAUGGCGGAGAAGAAGGAUUUAAAGGUAACUUGGUGGAAUGGGUGAAUGAGAUUUGUGGUUCGGGAAGGAGCAAUAAGGAUGUCAUUGACGGAGAGAUCCGUGGGAAGGGACAUGAUGAGGAGAUUCUGGAGGUGCUGCAGGUAGCUUGUGACUGUGUCGUGGCUCGGCCUAAAGAUAGGCCAUCCAUGUACCGAGUUUAUCAGUCGUUGAAGAUGAUUGGCAAUGAUUUCGACUUCGAGGAGCAGGAUGAAGAAUUCCCAUUGAUUUUUCGUGAACAAGUGUAGUAGCUUUUUAGGAGCAGAGACAAGUUGGGCGGUCGAGUGUCUGUCUGAAGGUGAUCUUUUUGCCACUCAUUCUUAAUGUUGUAAUUUUUUGCAUGUGUAUGUAUAGAUUAUGAACUGUAUGAUAGAAUAAGCCCUUCUCAUUGUCUGUAUGUAUGAAUCAAAGGAAAACUCUGUAUCUUUGCUCUUCCAUGGUAUAUCAUAUAGAAGAAACGAACUUCAAACUUGGUGAUGAAUCAAGUUGUGUGUUUUGGUUUGUUUGUGUAGAUAGAGAGCAUUGGAAUUUUAGAUGAUCUUGGACCGAUGGAAUAGAGCUCAUUCCAGGGGUUGUCUUGCUGCUGUGAAUGUAUCCCUUUCCAUACAUGACACUCGGUAGAGUCAUAUUCAUGUGUGGAUUUUGGAGCUUUGGUGGUCUGGGCUAACUCUACUUGGUACGUGGGCUUUCGGUUGGAGGGAAGCGUCUUGUUGGGAGUUUGGCCCAAAUCACAUUGAUCAAAUGUUAGGGAAAUGGGGUAAAACUGUAAAAGGUGUUUCGAGCUUCCAAACAGAAGAUGAAGAUGAUUCCCCCAUGCAAACAAGACUAUAUGCAUGUGAGCAGUGUAAAGUUUCAAGGUUUGCACGAGAUGGGUAUCUGCUUCCUCCAUGCAAAAAUUACCAUCUUCGGUAAAAAGAAGAAAGGGCACCGUAAUUUCGAAUCUACACUUUACUCUCCUUUUUCUUUCCUCUCCCUCUUUGCUGAUGGUUCCCAAUUCCCAUCCCAUCGAACCAUUCAAAAGAUUCAAACCAAAAACCCAACAAAAAAGAGAAGCGUUUCAAAAAGAGGAGAGGAGGUAAGGCAAGCAAAAAAGUUAAAGCAUAUUU